AGCAACUCAUCAGCCUUGGUGAGGAAGUGGCAUAUAUGUGGUCCCUCCGGCAUCCAAGCCUACUGUUCCUUCUGAAUCGGCUGAACACACUUGUGAUGUGCGCGUGUUUCAUAUUGAGGCCGUUCUCGCCGGAAAACAUACUGAGUUGCAGAGCUUAUGAGUCGCUAGGCAACCUGUUCUCAUUGGCAUGUCUCUUACUAUGGUCCUCUCUCUCCUCCCUUCGAGUAUACGCCGUCAGUAAUCGCAACCUAUGGGUCACUAUCGUGAAUGCAGUGUUAGGACUGGUUCCCUUCUGCGUGAAUCUGUAUGGGAUGACACAAGAGUCGCUCCAACUCUGGAAUUUGGACAGCUUCAAUCUUUGUUACGCUGUAUCCACUAGCGUCACCGCGACUAUCUUCAAUAGACGAGUUGUGCCAUCGCGUCGGAUGCGAUGACUGUGGCUGUCAUUUGGUAUUUCAUCCCAGGCGGGUUCAAGCAUUGUCGCACCGAUUCAGCCAAAAACUCCCUACCCUCAUAUCUGUGGCGGAACGGGACAAUACAUUUCAUCGUUCUGCUCUUUCUCAACCUCGCAGAUAUGGUGCUCGAUGUUAUGAAGAUAUUGUUCCCCGAAGCUGGGUCGAGCAUCGAGGUGUACAGCCCCCUUCCUCUCCUUAUCUUCCCGUACGUCAGUACCCUAGCGACCUAGAUGGUUCACUCUCA